AUGCAGAUGAUUCCAGGAGAUCCAUUUUCUAUAUCAUCUUCCAUGGGAGGGUUUAUUCAUCAAGAACCACACCUUCAUCAUCUUCAACAGCAGAUCACUGACCUUAACCCUAAUUCCAACCCUAACCCUAGUGCUAAACCAAACUCUUCAUCAGCCAAGAAGAAGCGAAAUCAACCUGGCACCCCAGAUCCAGAUGCUGAUGUCAUCGCUCUAUCGCCAACAACCCUCAUGGCCACAAACAGGUUUGUGUGCGAGAUCUGCAACAAAGGGUUUCAAAGGGACCAGAACUUACAACUCCAUCGCCGUGGCCACAACCUUCCAUGGAAGCUGAAGCAACGGUCCAACAAAGAAGUGAUAAAGAAGAAAGUAUACAUCUGUCCUAUCAAGACUUGUGUCCAUCACGACGCCUCCAGGGCCCUUGGAGACCUCACCGGGAUCAAGAAGCAUUAUAGCCGUAAGCACGGAGAAAAGAAGUGGAAAUGCGAAAAAUGUUCAAAGAAAUAUGCUGUUCAUUCUGACUGGAAGGCCCACGCGAAAACUUGUGGCACUCGUGAGUAUAAGUGCGACUGUGGCACGUUGUUCUCCAGGAAAGAUAGCUUCAUCACACAUAGAGCGUUCUGCGACGCAUUGACUGAGGAAGGUGCGAGGAUGAGCUCACUCAGUAAUAACAAUCCGGCAAUCUCUUCAACGAAUCUGAAUUUUGGAAAUGAUUCACAAGUUAUGAAUAAUCCUAAUCUUCCUCAUGGAUUCGUUCACCGAGGAGUUCAUCAUCACGACAUCAAUGCUGCUAUCUCUCAAUUCGGUUUAGGGUUCGGACAUGACCUAAGUGCUAUGCAUGCGCAAGGUUUAUCCGAGAUGGUUCAAAUGGCCUCCGCCGGCAACCAUAACCAUCUCUUCCCGUUGUCUUCAUCAUCCUCCCUCCCGGAUUUCUCCGGCCAGCAUCACAACCACCAACAAUUCCAAAUUCCGACGACUUCCACAAACCCUAAUCUCACUUUAUCAUCAUCCUCAACAUCACAACAGUCCUCAGCUUCGCUGCCAUCACUACAACAACACCACCAAACCCUAAAAGACUCAUCUUUCUCACCACUAUUCUCCUCUUCCUCCGACAACAACAACAAGAAACCUCUCUCUCCAAUGUCUGCCACUGCUCUCUUACAAAAAGCUGCGCAAAUGGGUUCCACAAGAAGCAACUCCACCACCACUCCGUCCUUCUUCGCCGGCCCAACAAUGCCGUCAACCUCCUCCGCCGCUUCUCCUCCUCCUCCUAGAUCUUCUUCUCCAAUGAUGACCCAACAACAACUCAACCACAACUUCAACACCAACGUCUCAAGAGAGAACCACAAUCUUGCUCCUCUUAGUGGUGUAACCACUAGUAGUGUGGAUAACAAUAAUCCGCUUCAACCGAACCGGUCAGGACUAAACCCGGUUCAACAGAUGGGCUUAACCCGGGAUUUUCUUGGAGUGAGCAACGAGUAUCAGCCUCACCAAACGGGUCGUCGUCCGUUUUUACCUCAAGAACUCGCAAGGUUUGCUCCACUUGGUUGA